GCUGCAGCGGGAGCUGAGCUGAGCUGGCCGGCGGCACCUCCCCACCCCGCGGCGAGGCUGUAGCCGAAAGCACUGCCCAGGACCAUGGGGAGCAGUAAGAGCAAGCCCAAAGACCCCAGCCAGCGCCGGCGCAGCCUGGAGCCCACCGACAACACCCACCAUGGGGGUUACCCGGCCUCGCAGACGCCCAGCAAGGCGGCAGCCCCCGAUGCCCACCGCACCCCCAGCCGUGCCUUCGGGACCAUGGCUGCUGAACCCAAGCUCUUUGGAGGCUUCAACACCUCUGACACGGUCACCUCUCCGCAGCGUGCUGGGGCGCUGGCUGGUGGAGUCACCACCUUCGUGGCCCUCUAUGACUACGAGUCCCGGACGGAAACAGACUUGUCCUUCAAGAAAGGAGAGCGCCUGCAAAUCGUCAACAACACGAGGAAAGUGGAUGUCAGGGAAGGUGACUGGUGGCUGGCUCAUUCCCUCACUACAGGACAGACGGGCUACAUCCCCAGUAACUAUGUCGCGCCCUCAGACUCCAUCCAGGCUGAAGAGUGGUAUUUUGGGAAGAUCACUCGCCGGGAGUCCGAGCGGCUGCUGCUCAACCCCGAAAACCCCCGAGGGACCUUCCUGGUCCGGGAGAGUGAGACCACAAAAGGUGCCUACUGCCUCUCUGUCUCCGACUUCGACAACGCCAAGGGGCUCAACGUGAAGCACUACAAGAUCCGCAAGCUGGACAGCGGUGGCUUCUACAUCACCUCGCGCACCCAGUUCAACAGCCUGCAGCAGCUGGUGGCCUACUACUCCAAACACGCCGAUGGCUUGUGCCACCGUCUCACCAACGUCUGCCCCACAUCCAAGCCCCAGACCCAAGGACUUGCCAAAGAUGCUUGGGAAAUCCCCCGGGAAUCGCUGCGGCUGGAGGUCAAGCUGGGACAGGGCUGCUUCGGAGAGGUGUGGAUGGGGACCUGGAAUGGCACCACCCGGGUGGCCAUCAAGACACUGAAGCCUGGCACCAUGUCCCCAGAGGCCUUCCUGCAGGAAGCCCAGGUGAUGAAGAAGCUCCGGCACGAGAAGCUGGUUCAGCUCUACGCCGUGGUUUCAGAGGAGCCCAUUUACAUUGUCACCGAGUACAUGAGCAAGGGGAGCCUUCUGGACUUCCUGAAGGGUGAGAUGGGCAAGUACCUGCGGCUGCCCCAGCUCGUGGAUAUGGCAGCUCAGAUCGCAUCCGGUAUGGCCUAUGUGGAGAGGAUGAACUAUGUGCACCGGGAUCUGCGGGCAGCCAACAUCCUCGUGGGGGAGAACCUGGUGUGCAAAGUGGCUGACUUUGGCUUGGCUCGUCUCAUCGAGGACAACGAGUACACUGCUCGUCAAGGUGCAAAGUUCCCCAUCAAGUGGACGGCCCCUGAAGCAGCUCUGUAUGGAAGGUUCACCAUCAAGUCAGAUGUCUGGUCCUUCGGCAUCCUUUUGACCGAACUGACCACCAAGGGCAGAGUGCCGUACCCAGGGAUGGUGAACCGGGAGGUGCUGGAUCAGGUGGAGCGAGGGUACCGCAUGCCCUGCCCGCCCGAGUGCCCAGAGUCCCUGCACGACCUCAUGUGCCAGUGCUGGCGGAAGGACCCGGAGGAGCGACCCACCUUCGAGUACCUGCAGGCUUUCCUGGAGGACUACUUCACCUCGACAGAGCCCCAGUACCAGCCCGGCGAGAACCUAUAGACCUGGAGUUCCUCCUGGCACCAGGGACGCUGCCGUCCUCGCCGCAGGGCACCGAGGGCUGGCCUCCCCACCGAGGGGCUGUUUUUGUGGAGCAGCCCUGGAGCAGGACGGGGCGUUGUCUGCGGAUGCAGCCCGGGGAGGUGCUGGGUCCCCCCAUUGCUCAUUGAGACUUGUGGCCCGUGUGUAGAAGCGGCGCUGUCCCGCUGGAGAGAGGGGCCCACGGGCGCCGGCGGAGCUGGCUCGGGAGGGCGAGCAGAGCAUCUCCUGCCAAGAGACUUGGCUUUUGGGAGACUUUUCCCCCCUACAGCUCUGGGAUGAGCCUGGAGGGAUUGGGGGACGGCAUCACUCCACCUCAGACACAUGGCCCCAGUCUCCUGCACCCCCUUUCUAAAUCAGCACAAAUUUCCCUGCCUCUUCACCCUCUCACUGUCUUCCCCUUGGCACCAGUUCCCCUGAGGAUGCUGGCAGAGACAUUUCACCACAGAAUCGGAAUCACAGAAUGCUGAGUUGGAAGGGACCAGUAAGGACCAGUGAGUCCAGCUCUUAAGUGAAUGGCCCACACGGAGAUCAAACCCACGACCUUGGUGUUAUUGGCUCCAUGCUCUAACCAACUGAGCUAAGCUCAGUGUCAUGAUGGCACAAUCCCUGGCUGGUUCGAAGGGGGUGAUGCGUGGUGACAGCGUGGGAUGGCAGCAGAACUCUGGUGGUCCCUCUGGCCUUGCCAUGACCUCAGUGGCUAGUGGGUUCUGGAACCAUGAAAUGUGACUGCUCGUGGCUCUGGUGAUGGACACUGUCCUAUAGGAGCACCUGGACACACAAUCAAAUCUUCCAGCUGUGUCUGUUCCCCAGGGGACAUGUCUCUCCUCUCCUGGGAGUGGCACAGGGGAUGCUGACAGAGCCCUCGCCCUGUCUGCAGCCAGCCCUGCUGCCCUGCUGUGUUUUCUCCCACCACACACUCCGGGUCUUCCAGCCACCUCCUUGUAAAGUGCCCCUCAGCCUCCACCCCUGGUUCUGCCACCAGCUGUCCCACCAGCAGAGUCCCCCAGGCUGGCCCUGCCACCAAAUCCACUGCCACUGUGGGGGUUGGGUGCACGGCCCAUGUAGCUGUUCAGGGUGUUGGGAGUGUUUUGGGGGAAAUACUUGUCUUUCACAGAUACUUUUGUUCACCUGGUACGUUUUUAGCUGGCUUCCCUUUACCCCUCAUGUCUCAGCUGCCAGGUUGCAGCCCCCAUGCAGCAUCCCAAGCCACAUGCCACCAUCCCAGAGAAGAAUCCUGGGAAGUGCUGUGCCACAUUUGCAUCCUCAUCUCCCCCCUGCUUGCUCCCAAAGUCCUCAGCCGUGUUUCAGAGGUGGGUGACUAUCCCUGCCCAGCUUUGCCCCACACAUAUCCCGUGGGGCCGAUUCCCAGACUCUGUGUGGCAAAUCCCAGUCCCUGCCCUCUUCCACUCAACACCUGCUUGUACAUAACCCUCGAGUGGUCCCCACACCCUCCCAGACCUCGAUUUCAUUGCAUGGGUUGGUUUUCCCCCUCCUGUGGCUGUAUCCAGCUGGAAACCCUUCACUGUGGUGGUUCACAAAGCUUCUCUCCCUCACCUCUUGGGUGCCAGCCCCACUCACUCAGAAGGACCUGGGGGGUCUUCAGAUGCUCUCCUGGGCCAUGGUGGGAUGGGGGCUUGGGGAGUGCUGCAGGGCAGGAGUCCU